AUGGAUCCUUUUUCUGCAGAGGGUGGUAUGUUUUGUCCAUUGAGCAAACACACACAUACAAUCCCCCCUUAUGACCUCAAAGCGCUAACUUGCCUCAUCCCCCCAAUAACAGAGCUAAUCAACAUCCACAAUGCCUUUCACCAAGGCCAAUACCAAGCCGUAAUCGAAUUCGACACCUCCGCUCUAUCCCCCGAGAACCAACUCCCUGCCCGUGUCCUCCAGCUUCGCGCCAAGAUCGCCCUAGGCCAAUCAGAUGAAGUUCUCGCCGAUGUCGAAGGCGAGGAAGAGACCCCCGAUCUAGCGGCCGUGAAAGCGCUGGCCCAGCAGUCGACUGGAGAUGCCGAAUCGGCGUUGAAGCUGGCUCAGGACCUUGCGGAGAAUUACCCCGACAAUGCUACUGUACAGGUUCUGUGCGGGACGUUGCUGCAGGCUCAGGGACAAAGUGAGGAUGCGUUGGCUUUAUUGACCAAGCAUCAGGGGAACCUCGAGGCUGUGGCCUUGAUCGUCCAGAUUCAUCUUCAGCAGAACCGCUCUGAUCUCGCCUUGAAGGAAGUCCAGGCUGCAAAGCGCUGGGCGCAGGAUUCCCUCUUGGUUAACUUGGCUGAGUCGUGGGUGGGAAUGAGAGUGGGCGGCGAGAAAUACCAGGCUGCAUUCUACGUCUACGAGGAAUUGGCUUCCGCUCCUAGCAGCUCCGCGCCCCUCUCUAUCGUUGGUCAGGCCGUGGCAGAACUCCAUCUCGGUCGGUUGCCUGAGGCCGAGGCCGCCUUGACUGCAGCUCUGCAGCAGUAUCCCGACGAGGCGGAACUGAUUGCGAACACUGUUGUGCUGAACGUCUUGGCUGGCAAGCCCUCGGAAGAGUUGGAGCAGCGCCUCGAACAGAUCAACCCCGCGCACCCCCUGCUCUCCGAUCUUCAAGCAAAGAGUGAACUGUUCGAUACCGCGGCUGCGAAGUAUGCUCCCAGAGUGUCGGCUUAA